AUCUUCACUAUCCAAAACAUAAGUAGUCUCACCCAAUGGGGGGUACUAAUGCUCUUCUUCUCACUUCAUUCUCUCCUCCCUCCCCCCGCUAUGGCUUCCGUCACCGGCUCUGCCUCUCGUCUCCUCCCCUCCGCCACCAUCGCCGCCACCUCCGCAUCUACUACCACCAGACUUUCCCUUUCAUUCUCUUCUUCUUCUCCUCCUCUUAAAUGCCUUCGUUCAUCUCCUCUCCUUCCCCAUAUCUUCCGCUAUCAGAAGAAAUCGUUGGUUGGAACAUCUAGUGGAAGAUUCAUCACAUUGGCCUCACCGAAAUGCGCUGCUUCUGAUCCUGAUCAGUUGAAAAGUGCAAGAGAAGACAUCAAAGAGAUGUUGAAGACCACCUUCUGUCAUCCUAUUUUGGUUCGGUUAGGGUGGCAUGAUGCUGGAACUUAUAAUGAGAGCAUCGAGGACUGGCCACAAAGAGGUGGAGCUAAUGGAAGCUUAAGAUUUGAAGUUGAACUAAAACAUGGAGCAAAUGCUGGACUUGUAAAUGCACUCAAACUUCUCCAGCCAAUCAAAGAAAAGUAUGCUGGCGUGACAUAUGCAGACUUAUUUCAAUUGGCCAGUGCCAUUGCUAUUGAGGAGGCUGGAGGCCCAAAAAUUCCCAUGAAAUAUGGGAGAGUAGAUGUCUCUGGACCUGAGCAAUGCCCAGAAGAGGGAAGGCUUCCUGAUGCUGGUCCCCCUUCCCCUUCUUCUCAUUUGCGAGAUGUCUUCUACAGAAUGGGACUAAACGAUAAGGAAAUUGUCGCACUUUCUGGUGCACACACUUUGGGGAGAUCCAGACCAGAGCGUAGUGGUUGGGGCAAACCAGAAACGAAAUACACGAAAGAUGGACCAGGAACCCCUGGAGGACAAUCGUGGACUGUGCAGUGGUUGAAAUUUGACAAUUCCUACUUUAAGGACAUUAAAGAGAGAAGAGAUGAAGAUCUGCUAGUUUUGCCAACAGAUGCGGUUCUUUUUGAAGAUUCUUCAUUUAAGGAAUAUGCAGAGAAGUAUGCUACAAAUCAAGAUGUAUUUUUAAGAGAUUACGCGGAAGCCCAUGCCAAACUGAGCAACCUUGGAGCUAAAUUUGAUCCUCCCGAGGGUUUCUCAAUAGACAAUAAUCCUACACAAAGUCAGCCAGAGAAGUUUGUGGCAGCAAAAUACUCAACUGGAAAGAGAGAGCUCUCGGAUGCUAUGAAACAAAAGAUUCAAGCAGAAUAUGAAGGUUUGGGAGGAAGCCCAGGUAUAAGAGCAAAAGAGGCUUAUGAGACAUGAUGGUAUGGUUGAAGGAGCUUUGACAGCCAACUAUAAGACCCAAAGCAAGGGUAAUAAUUCAAGGAGAACCUACUCAUCUUGUCAGCACUGCGGCAAAAUAGAUAAUCCUCCAUUUAAAUGUUGGAAGAGACCAAAUGCACAAUACAAGAUAUGAAAUCAACUUGGCCAUGAAGCUGUGAUUUGCAAAAACAAAUCUCAAAAAUAUGAAGCAGGUGCCCAAGUCACCAAAAAAGAAGAAGAUCACUUAUUUGUGGCAACAUAUUCUUCAACCAAGAAAUUUGAUUUUUGGAUGAUUGACAGUGGUUGUAAACCACAUGACAUGUGACAAAACUGUUUUUAAAGAGUUUAUGCCUUUGAAAAAUAAGAAAAUCAGAAUUGAGAAUGAUGACUAUAUUCCUACAGAAGGAAAAAGGAAAUUUGCAAUCAAAACAAUUUCUGGUACCAAAAUAAUUUCAAAUGUCCUUUAUGUGCCCGAUAUUGCUAAAAGUUUGUUAAGUGUUGGUCAGCUAAUAGAUUUCUUUGGAGACAAAUAUUGUCGAAUUUUUGACUCUACUAAUCAUGAGAUUUUACAAGUUGAUAUGUGAGACAAAAACUUCUUAUUUAAUCCAAUAGAAGAUACACACGAGGUUAAAUUCCUGCAACAAUUUUUGAUCCAAGAGGAGUGUUGAAGAUAUGUCUCUGCAAUAUACAAUUUUUGAUCCAAGGAAGAGUGUUGAGAAUAAGUCUCAGAAAUAAAGUAAAGUAGAUAACUUUUAGUAGUUUUAAAUUAUUAGAUUUCUAUGUGACUUAGUAAUUAGUUAUUCCUUUGUUAUUUGAAUUUAAAUUUGAAUUGAAGUCUAAUUAGAAAUUUAGCUAUAAAUAUAUGUUUUGAGUUAUUAAUAAAAUAGUUUCUUUGACAAUACAAUUACAAUAUUUUUUCUUUAAGUCUAUUUCUGUUAUUUCUUUAAUUUCAAAGCUAAAACCCAACAGUAUCAAAGGUCAACUUGCACUCUAGGUCAGAAAUCAUGGAUAUGUCAGUGGAUGCUGGAAAUUUGUCGCAGCUAGAAAAAUGUCCCCGUCAUGUACAUGUCAAAAUAAGAAGUCCAUUAUGUUACUCUUUUCUCCCAUUCUGGAUAGGUUAAUUCGACACCAUGAAGUGAGUCCUUUCUUCCGUUUUUACAGUUUUAGAAUUAGCUAAUUAAUCCACAGAAGUGGAAAGCUGUAAAUGUGAAGAAAAUGAAUAAACUAUUUUCCUUCGUUUUCCACUAUCUGUUGAACAGCCAUGGAAAAGACAGAAAAGCAAGAACAGAUUUAUUAAAAAUAUUUUCUCACGUUUUCAAUAACAUUUGGUUGGAUUACCAAACGUGUCUUGGCCAGACAUUAUAUGUCAAAUUUAGGAAGACUUGUUAGCAACAGACCGAUCAACUGGAUCAAGAAGCACCGGAGAGCAUAUCCUCCAGAAAGCAUAGAGAAAACAUAACAACACUAGUGUGGAAUACUAGGCAUAUGCACUGUAUGAACUAACCUUGGCAAUGUACAGUGAAUGAAAGAUACUGUAUUGCCUUCCAUGUACAGGGUUAAAAUAGCCGUAACACGUGGACAAGUUAGAUGCUGACA